UGUUGGUGGUGUACAAUCAGAAAAAUUGAAAAAUCUUUUGCGGUUUUGAGCUUCGUGUUUCGUUUUACAUACGAUACGUGCUGUAGUAUUAGUGUAUAUAUUGGAAAUAUUCGGAUUACAUAUUUCUGAUUAAGUUUGCUUGCUCUUCAACAUCUCAAACCUCAAUCAGUAUAAUAAAAUCCGGAAAUGGUUGGUGUAGCCGCAGCUGCCAGUGAGCAGAGUAUGUCAUCGACGAAAAAUCCUAUGAUUAAAUAUAUGUUGAAAGCUCGCGAAAACCAUGCUCGUAAUCAGAAACACGACUACUCACACGUCUUCCGGCUCAAGACGCGUUUUGAAAUGUUUCGGCUUGCCGUUAUUGCAAUGGCCAUAGAGUUUGCCUAUGCGGCCGAAACGUCCUUCGUGUCCCCGAUCUUAUUACAGAUUGGCAUCGAUCACAAACUUAUGACCAUGGCCUGGGGCGUUUCUCCCGUUAUUGGGUUUUUCAUCUCGCCAUUAUUAGGAUCGAUUAGUGAUCGUUGUACACUUAAUUGGGGUAGACGUCGACCGAUCAUUACUGUCCUAUCGGUGGGUAUCUUAACAGGCUUGAUACUGGUGCCUUACGGAAAAGAUCUUGGUUUGUUAUUGGGCGAUAUUGGAUAUAAUACAACCACAACCAAUAAUUUAACGGCUACGAAUGAUGGAUUAGCGGCUGCUUUAGUUUCAUCUGACGCAGAAAACACGGAUGGGCCGGUUACAGCGAAUUUCAAAUUUGCUGCGAUAUUGACAAUACUUGGCAUGGUACUGUUGGACCUGAAUGCAGAUACUUGUCAAACACCGGCUCGUACGUACAUGUUGGAUGUGUGUGUACCUGAGGAUCAGGCACGUGGCCUAACCACCUUUUCACUGUUGGCAGGUUUCGGUGGUACGAUUGGUUAUGCCAUCGGUGGCAUCGACUGGGAGAAAACAAAAUUUGGCGCAGCAUUAGGUGGCAACAUUCCUACGGUUUUUGGAAUGGUCACCAUUAUAUUCAUCAUUUGUUACUUUGUCACCAUUACAACGUUCCGCGAAAUUCCACUGAGGUUAAUCGAAAGAGACGAAAUGUUGAGACCCCUUUCAGCCACUGCUAUUAAGAAGGAAAUAACCAAAAAGAACAACGCUGUUUAUUACAUUAAAGAGACCGAUGCUUUGGAGCUAGAAUAUGCUAAACAGGAAGAAAAGUAUGACAUGGAAAGCUACCAAAAUGGUUAUUCACCAGCCAUGGCAAACACAAAUAAAGAUAAUCAACCAUCUCAGUCUACACCCAGCAAUAACAAUAAGACAAUGGCUGUUGAACUGGAUGAAGGCAUGGACGCGCCUAUCACAUUGGCAAAGUACUUGAAGAGCAUUUUCGUGAUGCCCCGUUCAAUGCGAAUACUCGCACUGACAAACCUUCUCUGCUGGAUGGGUCAUGUGACAUACUGUUUGUACUUUACGGACUUCGUUGGGGAGGCGGUAUUCCAUGGAGAUCCAACCGCUCCACCCGGCUCAGAGGCAGCUGAGUUGUAUGAAGCCGGUAUUCGCUUUGGUUGUUGGGGAAUGUCUGUGUACGCUUUAUCUUGUUCUAUUUAUUCGAUUUCGGUAACCAAGCUGAGGAAGCUAUUAGGAACUAAAGUUGUUUACAUUACUGGCAUACUGUACUAUGGCGUCGGUAUGUUAAUAUUGGCCAUCUGGCCAACCAAGUGGGGUGUCAUCGUGUUUAGUACUUCAGCGGGCAUACUGUAUGGCACUAUUUUCACAAUCCCAUACAUUCUGGUGGCCAACUAUCAUGCAAAAGAUUGUUUCCGCAUGCACAAUGGCGAAUCAGUUCCUCUGAAACAGGCCCGUGGCUUAGGCACAGAUGUGGCGAUCAUUAGCAGUAUGGUAUUUAUAGCGCAGCUGGUAAUCUCAUUGUCUAUAGGUCCAUUAAUUUCAUGGAUGAAGACGACUUGUGCCAUAUUAUAUGCAUCUACAUUUUUAGCGUCAAUUGCUGCAAUAUCUGCAAUGUUUGUUUUAUAUGUGUAAAAAUUAUUGUUAGACAUGUACAUGCAUACAUGUAAUAUUAAAAUCAGAAUACUGUAUAGAUUAUGUGCCAAAAAUUACUGUUAUCUCGAUAAAAUAUUUAGGAUAAAAAAUACUUUGUAAUUGAAGCAACUGUAAUUUAUUUGAAUAACAUGCUUUUGAAUUAUUUCAA